UGAUGUCAUAAUAAUGAGAGCUAGAACCUGCAGUAGGAGGAGUAGGCUUGAUUAGGGCGAGUGAGCAGUUUUGAAGAUGAUAAAGUAAAGGCACCAUCUUUGGGACUCCCAGGGGAAGUACGUUAAGAAGGCAGUUGGAGAAAGUUAUGCAACAGGUAAAAGGAUCUGUGAUGAAGAGGCCCUUCAGCUUUCCCUUCCAGAAGAAGAUUGUUGGCUCUAGGAGCCACUUCAACCAUCCAUGCUUUGCUGCAAUUGGAAUUUUUCAGGAGACCUCUUGAAGACAUGAAUUGGCUUCUUUGGCAUACUGCAGCAAUGCAGCAAGUGUUGGAUAACCUUACGGAGCUACCCUCAUCGACGGGAGCAGAAGAAAUAGACCUCAUUUUCCUCAAGGGGAUUAUGGAGAAUCCUAUUGUAAAAUCACUUGCUAAGGCUCAUGAGAGGCUGGAAGAUUCAAAACUAGAAGCUGUCAGUGACAAUAACUUGGAAUUAGUCAAUGAAAUUCUUGAAGAUAUCACUCCUCUAAUAAAUGUGGAUGAAAAUGUGGCAGAACUGGUUGGUAUACUCAAAGAGCCCCACUUCCAGUCACUUUUGGAGGCCCAUGAUAUUGUGGCAUCAAAGUGUUACGAUUCACCUCCAUCAAGCCCAGAAAUGAAUAAUUCUUCUAUCAAUAAUCAGUUAUUACCAGUUGAUGCUAUUCGUAUUCUUGGUAUUCACAAAAGAGCUGGGGAACCAUUGGGUGUAACAUUUAGGGUUGAAAAUAAUGAUCUGGUAAUCGCCCGAAUCCUUCAUGGAGGAAUGAUAGAUCGACAAGGUCUGCUUCAUGUGGGAGAUAUCAUUAAAGAAGUCAAUGGCCAUGAGGUUGGAAACAAUCCAAAGGAAUUACAAGAAUUACUGAAAAAUAUUAGUGGCAGCGUCACUCUAAAAAUUUUACCAAGCUAUAGAGAUACCAUUACUCCUCAACAGAGUUGCAUCAGUAUGGAGAGGCAUCCAGCACACGCCCGUCAGGUAUUUGUGAAAUGUCAUUUUGAUUAUAAUCCCUACAAUGAUAACCUGAUACCCUGCAAAGAAGCAGGACUGAAAUUUUCAAAAGGAGAAAUUCUUCAGAUUGUAAACAGAGAAGAUCCAAACUGGUGGCAGGCUAGCCAUGUAAAAGAGGGAGGAAGCGCUGGUCUCAUUCCAAGCCAGUUCCUGGAAGAGAAGAGAAAGGCAUUUGUUAGAAGAGACUGGGACAAUUCAGGACCUUUUUGUGGAACCAUAAGUAGCAAAAAAAAGAAAAAGAUGAUGUAUCUCACAACCAGAAAUGCAGAAUUUGAUCGUCAUGAAAUCCAGAUAUAUGAGGAGGUAGCCAAAAUGCCUCCCUUCCAGAGAAAGACGUUAGUGUUGAUAGGAGCUCAAGGUGUGGGACGAAGAAGCUUGAAAAACAGGUUCAUAGUGUUGAAUCCCACUAGAUUUGGAACUACAGUGCCAUUUACUUCACGGAAACCAAGGGAAGAUGAAAAAGAUGGCCAAGCAUAUAAAUUUGUGUCACGAUCUGAGAUGGAAGCAGAUAUUAAAGCUGGAAAAUAUUUGGAACAUGGGGAAUAUGAAGGAAAUCUCUAUGGCACCAAGAUUGAUUCUAUCCUUGAAGUUGUCCAAACUGGACGAACUUGCAUUUUGGAUGUCAACCCACAAGCCCUGAAAGUGCUGAGGACAUCUGAGUUCAUGCCCUAUGUUGUAUUUAUUGCUGCUCCAGAACUAGAGACAUUACGUGCCAUGCACAAGGCUGUGGUGGAUGCUGGUAUCACUACCAAGCUUUUGACGGACUCGGACUUGAAGAAAACAGUGGACGAAAGUGCACGGAUUCAGAGAGCAUACAACCACUAUUUUGAUUUGAUCAUCGUAAACGACAACCUAGACAAGGCCUUUGAGAAACUACAAACUGCCACAGAGAAACUGCGAACGGAGCCACAGUGGGUUCCCAUCAGCUGGGUUUACUGAUGAUUCGAUAAGGUUCACAAUUCAAAUAAAACUUUUAAAAAGUGACUGCAACAAAUAAACCUUCUACUAAGAAAAUACGUGCACAGACAGAAGAUAUUUGCCGAACCCAGGCAUUUUUAUUGUGUAGAUUGAAAUACCAGUACACUAUUCUGAAUUUUUAUAUAAAGUGUGGUUGGGAAGGUGUACUAAAAUAUAAUUUAUCUUAAUUUUUCUAACUUUUUAUGAACAAUCUUUCUAUUCAUAUCACAUAAAGAAAUGCGUUGAAGCAUUUUGUAUAUGUUUUGAUUUAGUACCCUUGCCUUUUUCAUCAAAGGAAUUUUCAAAUCACUCACUCUAACAUUGGUCUCACAUUUUCACUGUGAUAAUGAAUACUUGAAAUCGUUUUGUAAAGCUGUCGUUCAGUUCAGUAUUUCACUAGUGAAGGGUCAGCUACUCUUAUUAGGAGGAAAUAGUAGAUAUUGGCCUUCUUUCCCGAUAUGGUUCGUUACAGAAGCAGAACUUGAAUGUCAGUGCUAUAGCCAAUCUACUACCAUCCCAAUCUCACAUCAGAGUCUGCUCAGUGCUGCAUGGUCUGUUAUUUCAGAGAUGUGUGGCUAUCAUUCUAAUUUAUACAGAUAGAUUGGUGGUUUCCCUUUGUUUCUAUCUUUAGUGGGAAAAGGAAGAGCAAUACUUUGCACUCUCGUUCGCCAUAGUGACAGCUGAUGCUGAGUGAACGUGCACAGCAGGCAGGGCCACGCAGGCUGCGAGAGUGCCUUAUCCUGUACGACGGCACAGCAGAAUGACACUCAAAGUCGACUUAUUUUCACCUGUGAAAGUUUAAGUGACAAAAAUGAACCUACUGUUUUUUACAUUUUUCUAUUAGGAUAUGGUCAGCAAAUAUAUCAUGCCUCUGCAGAUUUCUGCAACACUUAAAAAAAUGCUUCUAAGUUUGCAAUUGGGGGUUUUGUGAACAAUCAGUGUGCUUUUUGAAGUGUGAUGUGAUCAUGAGGGUGUAUGUUUGAAUUGUUGUGUUGAGAACCAAAUCCGGUGAACGAUUUAAGAAAUUGGGAAAUAAUUGUCAGCUGUUUUAUCUAUAUAUAAUAUAUACAUUAUAUAAUAUGUACAGUGUAUGUAUUAUAUAAUAUAUAUUAAAUAAUGUUUUAUAUUUUUUUUACAUUUCUGUUAGGAAGUGCACUUUUUAUUUAAUGAUUAGGAAACCAGUUCUCCUCCUUUAGAUGUAUUAACAUGUACAAAUUUCCAAAAUUCAUCUCAGUUGAUACCUUCCUUUAGGAUUCGUGGAUGGUAUAAGUUCUUCCUAAAACGUAUUCAGAGAUGCAGCUCUGAAUUAACUAAAUUAGCCAUAUUUUGCUGCUAGCUUUUCACAUAAACAGUAUUCACACUUAAAGGGUUAGGUGCUUAACUAUCGUCGUCAUUCUUGUCUGGUGGUGGGCAGCAGACACUUGGCUGCUGCAUUUGUUUUCCCCUCACCGAUGCUGUCUCUUGGAAGCCAGCCUGGAGGACUUGGAGGGAGGAGGAAAUACGUGGCCAUAAGCAGCACGCACACAGUGUCUUAAGUCUUUUGCUCAGUGAAACAAAACACCCGAGUUGCUGAAUUGUUAAGAUUGGAAAUCUAUAGGUAUUUUUUUUAUUACAGAAUUUCAUAUCCAGAACACAAAUUCAUGUUCUUUGUAGGAAAUUGGUGGCAAAAUAGAUCAUACUCUCUUAAUAACUUUGGUAACUUUUAAACCCCAUAUAUUUCCAUGAAAUUCUUGGCUUCUCAAAGCAAUGUGAAUCAAAGCACAGUGUCAAGGUGAUGUCUUGUGACUCAGUGUUUCAACACACUGUAAAUUUUAAGAGCAAUCUUAUUUCCACAGUCUCAGAAGUGUGCUGUCCCCACAGUGUGCCUUCAUGCUGCUGCGUGGAGCCUCUGUGACCGGCUUUAGGAUCAUUACAGCAGCACAAGAUGUACUUCACCCAUCAGGACACAAGAGAGGCGAUUUUUACAUCAUACAUAUUUUCAGCCUUAUGUGGUAUAAAUGCAUAUUAUUUAGAAAAUAGUUACACUUAAAGGAAUUAUUUCUAUUAUAAAUGGUAUUCAUGACUAAGUACUUAAUACACACUAAAUCCCUCCUAAUAUAAAAUGAAACAAUGCACUUUAGUUCAUUUCAGUCUAGAUGCCAGAACUGAAGAGAAUAAAUUCAGAAAAGUUCAUUGCAUCUCAAUACAGUAGUCAUUGAACUUGAAACUCAAGUCCCAUCUGAGUCUGCAGGAACCAGCAGAGCUCUGCUGGGGCAAGCCCAGGAUUCUCCCAAGGCAAUGAGAGUGUGGUUGUGAUGAAGGAAGUGCGAGCUUCCCUUGUGGGAAAGGUCUAAGACAAUUAGCUUUACCAAAGAGGAAAUGGUUGACAGUGAUGUUGAGUAAUUGGUAAUAGUUAAAAUACAAAUGCACGUGCGUAUGCUUUUGGGGGACGCGAUGUGCCAAUACAUUAAAGCAUCUGAGGGUUCUUGUGGACAGGUGAGUAUCCACAUCCAGCAUUCAGGGCAUGACUGUUUAGAUAACAGCUAAAUAUUAUGUAUGUGUUUUUCGUUUUCAAAUGUACAAAUACCCAUAGAGUUGUUGUCCUGCAUAAGUCACUUAACUGUAACUAGUGAAAUGUAUGUGAUGCACUACAAGUAGAAUCUCACUCUUAUUACGGCCAGGCCUUGGUUAUGUGGUCUCAACUCCUGUCUGAUAUUUGGAUAGUAUCAAAUAUCCAAUACAUCAGGACUUUGUUUACUUUUGCCAACUCUAACCAUACAAUUGCUGAACAUAGCCUUCAAAAAUAGAAAUCGUACCAUAAACCCAGUAUGACUACAGCAAUAGUAGCCUGAACCCUAGAAUCUAGUGAACUUAGUUAUAAUAGCUUAUAAGGACAAGUUUUCUUUAAAAGAGCAAAUUGGUAUUAAUAGAAAUUUAGAAAAUAAUGCAAAUUAGCAAUAAAGUACAAUAGUAUAGCAUUAUAGAUUAUGGCCAGAUACUAACUGCUUUGCCCAUAAUAUCCCAAUGACAAUAAAAGAUGAUCUUUGCUUUAAAAGUUCAUUAAAUUAGUAUUUAUUUUUACGUAUAACAGCAGGUGCCAUGAUCCAGUGAUUGGGGUUGAUUUUCAAGAUGGAUAGCCAUAGAGUUAAGGUACAAUUACUCAGAGUUGGUAAACAUUGAACAUAAAAGUUUUGAAAAUUGGUUAAAAUAGUGAUCUAUUUAACAUUGUACUUUUACGACUUCUGGAAAUCACAGGCUAGAGAGCCAAUAAUUUUGUAGUAAUGAAUCUUUAUACUAAAUAUGGAAAAAACAAUCCUGAAGUUUUAUGUAUAUAGAUAGUAGGUCCCAUUUUUUAAAUGUUUGAGUCAUCAUAUAUAAUAUAUAUAUACAGCUAUGUGUAUAAUAUGUAAAAUUCUUCCAAAAUACAUAAAUAAUAAAACUGCAUAUGUUCUCCCAUGUAAUUA